AUGACCGUCGGCGGCGCCAUCUACAACACCCUGCACCACUACUCAACCAGCAAACACGGAGACGCCGAGCCCAAGGUGAAUGGGUUUAAGUUCGACCCGCGGCGAGGCAAGAACCGCAGUCUGCGCGGGCCCGUGCAGACGCCGUUGAUCGUGCGGGCUCAAGUGGAUGGCGUCGUGACGAAGCUGCGCGUGCCCAAAGGUACGACGAUGGAGCAGAUCGGGGGUUUGGUCGUCGGCGGCUGCAAGGUUCGGAGAGAGAGCGACAUCCAGCUACGGGUCGAGCAGGUCUGCUGGACGGAGGGGCGGUCCUCCCAGAAGAUCGCUCAUAGGGACUACUCAAGGGCUUUGUUGAGAGUCGUGCAGGUGGUGCAAGCUAGACUCCCUUCAACAUCAUCAAAGACGAUCGGUAAGAGACGCAUGCGCACUCUCAACAAUAGUGUAUAUGUCCCCGUCCCCGUGGCCGGCGUCUCUAAACAAUGGCCCUGCGGCGCGCUCUACCCGCGGCUAGAUAGAGUGGAGGGCGUCUCGCCGCAGCGCACUGUAUUGGAACCGACGCCGGAAUUGUCGCCCCGCACACUAGAAAGGCUGGGAACAUCAUAUAGAGCCAACAACGUAUAUACGUGCGACCCGAAUAAACAGCGGAGCCUCCUCGAGUCCGGACCUUUAGAGCUCGCCGCGAAAGCGAUGAAUUUGCGGGAUAAGAACGCCGUCUGGGACGCGCAAAAGCCGCUGGUCAAGGACCACGCGCGGCCCCUGCCCGAUUCGAGACCGGUCUAUCCCGCGCAAUUAGAGGCUGCUCGUAGUUUACAUGCCGGCAUCCGACGAACGUCACCACAUCGAGGGGCGCAGUUCGACGUUGCGCGGGCGAUCCGCGUGCACCACAAGGCCGACCUGCGGCAGGACUGUCCCUGGAGACGGUUAGAGGGCGUGGACCAGAAACCGUUCGACUACGCGGACGCUUAUAGACCAUUGAGCGACGAGGUCAAGCGUGUUGCCUUCGCCGACACGGAGCACGAGGCGGCGUCGUUCGCGGACGCGGGCUCGCAGGCGACGCUUACUGAUGAUGGUUCGCUGAAUUCCGUGCCGCGCGGCGGUUUUAUAAGCGCGACGCCGAUCGGCCGCGGGAAGCGGGAGGUGCGGAUACCUACGGACGGCGCGUCCGUGACAAGCUUCGACACGGCGCUCUCUCCCGAUAGACAGACGUCCCUGGUGUCGGGGCUGGAGACACUGUCCCUCGAGGCGCCGUCCGUGACCUUCGUCGGCACGAAGCGGCGCCACGUCGCCGGCGCGAUGACGAACACGCACGCCGUGCGCAUGCCAAUGGGCGUUACGUCGCCGGCGCGGUCCUUGGGGGCGUCCGACGGCCUCGGGCCCGAGCUGUCCAUCGACCGGUUCUCGCAUACGGGCUCGGACAUCCUCUCCCAGGAGGAGGGCCUUGGCAACCUGCACAACCCGUCGUACUCCGAGACGGGCGACCUCUUCGUGGGCAACCGCUGGUCCGGGCAGGGCCACGACGGCGGCGCGUGCGGGACGUUGGUUGGGGGUGGUGGGUAUCCGACCGACGUGUAUAGGGUAUGA